ACUAAUCCUCUGCUACUGUAGUGGUACAUGGUGGGUUGGGUUAAGAAGGGCAACAGGGAAAAAAAUUAUAUUUAUUCACACAAAAUGGAUAAUUCCGGCAAGGAAAAAGAGGCAAUUCAGCUCAUGGCUGAAGCUGACAAGAAAGUAAAGUCGUCCGGCUCCUUUUUAGGAGGAAUGUUCGGAGGGAAUCACAAAUUAGAGGAGGCUUGUGAGAUGUACGCCAGAGCAGCCAACAUGUUCAAGAUGGCAAAAAACUGGACCGCUGCAGGAAACGCGUUCUGCCAGGCAGCCAGACUACACAUGCAGCUCCAGAACAAACAUGAUUCAGCCACCAGCUUUGUUGAUGCCGGAAAUGCUUUCAAGAAAGCUGAUCCACAGGAGGCUAUCAACUGCUUAAAUGCAGCCAUCGAUAUUUACACAGAUAUGGGGCGAUUCACGAUUGCAGCCAAACAUCAUAUCACAAUUGCUGAGGUGUACGAGUCAGAGCUGGUGGACAUUGAGAAGGCAAUUGCCCAUUAUGAACAAGCUGCAGACUAUUACAAGGGAGAGGAGUCAAACAGCUCUGCAAACAAGUGUCUCCUGAAGGUUGCGUCAUACAGUGCACAGCUGGAACAGUAUCAGAAGGCCAUUGAGAUCUAUGAACAGGUUGGAACAAACACCAUGGACAACCCCUUACUGAAAUACAGUGCCAAAGAGUAUUUCUUCAAAGCUUCGUUAUGCCACUUCAUUGUAGAUGAACUGAAUGCAAAGCUUGCUGUUGAGAAGUACGAGGAAAUGUUCCCAGCAUUCUCGGAUUCAAGAGAGUGCAAACUUCUGAAGAAACUUCUGGAAGCCCAUGAAGAGCAGAAUGCAGAGGCUUUCACAGAAGCGGUGAAGGAGUUUGAUUCUAUCUCACGUCUGGACCAGUGGCUGACCACUAUGCUUCUGCGCAUCAAGAAAACCAUCCAAGGUGAUGAAGGGGACCUGAAGUGAGAUGAUGAUUUGUGGGGAACCCAUCUAAGGCAUGCCACCCCCUCCCCAAUGCGAAAUUCAUUUCAUUUCUGUGCAGUGGCCAAGCCCAGGUUUCUGACUACAGUACAGUAUGUCCAGUUUAUUGCUGCACCAUUUAUAGAGAAUGUACAAACCUACACACUGAGAAAUCUUAUUUUUAAUAUAUUUACCUGUUUGGACGGCUGCAUCUAAGGAAUCCUGUUUUCAUAACACAAUGGUUAUGUAGUUCAGUAUAGGGAACACCAUGGAUAAAAGAAGGAUGGCUAGUGCUGCAUGAUGUGUAGAGGUAAUUCUCGUGAAUAUGAAGAGAAGACUUAUUAUUCUCUCUUACAAGGCAAUUAUUUUCUUCUUUUCCAAGUUGAUUGAUUGAUAGAAAGAGGAAUUGUUUCCAGAUGUGCUAAGAUACCAGGGAUCCAAGAUUUGACUACGAUUGGAUGAUAAUAUAACCUACUUUAUUUACAUUCCUGUUUUUUUUUAAUUACUUUUCUUGAUGUGGUAGUCUCUAUUUGCAUUGUAUUCCACUCCAACCACUGUUUUUGCUCUUUAUCAUAUUCAAUUUAUGAAAAGUUUGAAACCCCAGUAGCCUGUCAGUACCGCUCUGUGUGUCGUGUUGUUAAACCAUAGCUCAUGCAGCACUUCUGCUAGUGCACUCUAUACUGAAGGUAUUUACCAGCGCAUGUCACUCACUGUGUAUUAGUGUUCUUGAUGUUCAGUAUCUCACUGUGUGUACAAUUUUCAAAAAAGGCCAUCAGAAGAAGCAACCUCCACGCUUAUCUCGGUUCUUUCUGACAGAGUUGUUGAUGUUCACGUGCUGAAUGGGUCUAUGGAUGUACAGAAAUAAAUAAAAAGAUCAAUAUUAUACACAAAA